CUUGGUUCUCGCAAAUCAUUUCAAUGAUUUACAACAUGCGGUUUGUUUUUUUCAACGUCCGCAGCAUCUAUAUUAAACUGAAAAAAAUAAUAACAGGUUUUCUCGUUCUUGAUUGUUUAGCAUUGUCACAGGAACGAUAGAAUCAAAUUGUCUGAAACACGACAGCAUGGAUUCCCACCUGGUCAGCACAAACGGUGGGUUAGGAACGAUUAACAACGAAACGCCAUCGUCUUUGGCCGAUACCGCUGUUGAUCAAACUAUGAUUGUUUCAGAAACUUCAUUACUUCCAGAUUUUCAAAAAACGGAUGUCGCACAAGCUCAAAGUACCACUGGGACAACACCUGUUGCCCCUGUAAAUUCAGGCAUAACAGCAUCUAUGGACAGUUUAAAUCCCACACCUGCAGCAUAUGCUACUGGAACGAACACUCCCGAUUCAGUUGCGACUCCAAGCGAACUCACGCCUUCAGUCGACUCAAGUGUUUCCAACGACCUGGGGUGGAGACGUUCUACACGGACAAAACGAACUUCGUAUCGUGAUUCAGCCUAUAUGGACAGCGGCGACGACUUGGAGCCACCAGUGCCAAGGCGCAAAAAGCAAAAACCGUCUCGGAAGAGUACUCCGCAAGACAGUGAUGAUGAUUCUUACGAGCGUACGCACAAACCAUACAUGCGAAACACGCCUCCUGUCACUGAAAUUCGUGUGUCCUCUCGCUCUACUAAGGGGCGGCUCGCUAGUUAUAAUGAGCAAGAGUUAUAUGGCGACUUGAGCGGCGACGAGUUUGAGGAAGACGGAGUCGAUGAAAACGCAGUUGAAGAAGAGCCAGAACCUAUGAUUGACUUGGUUCUUGAUCAUCGAAGACGAGAGGAUGCUGAAGGAGAUGAUCCCAAAAAUGAUUACCAGUUCUUUAUUAAAUGGAGCGGUGUUUCGCAUUUACAUAACACAUGGAUGAACUAUCCAGAUGCGGUGUCUUACCGUGGUUACAAAAAAGUGGACAAUUACAUCAAAAUUAAUAUUGUUCAAGAUCGUCUAAUUCGUGCUGACCCGACCACUACCGCUGAAGACAUCGAGUCUCUUGACAUUGAGCGUGAGAGAAAACGCAUGCUUUUUGAAGAGUACAAAUGUGUGGAACGGGUUAUCGCUGCUGAGGUUGGGCCAGAAGAUCAAACUGAGUAUUUUGUUAAAUGGAAUCAACUUCCUUAUGAUGCGUGUACUUGGGAAGACGCGGCUACGAUUGCUCAACUUGCUCCCGAAAAAGUGCGUUCUUUCUUGAGGCGCGAGACAAGUCCAUAUCUACCUUUCAAAGGUGUGUAUUACAAUACCCGUCCUGCAUAUCGCAAACUCGACAAGCAGCCUUCUUACAUAAAAGGUGGCGAGCUUAGAGAUUUCCAGUUAACUGGCCUUAACUGGAUGGCUUAUCUAUGGCAUCGAAAUGAAAAUGGCAUUUUAGCUGACGAAAUGGGUCUUGGUAAAACCGUACAGACAGUUUGUUUCCUUUCGUAUCUGAUUCACCAACUUAAGCAACAUGGUCCUUUUCUCAUUGUUGUGCCUUUAUCAACAGUUCCGGCUUGGCAAGAAACUCUUGCUCGGUGGGCUCCCGAUAUUAAUAGUAUUUGCUAUACGGGUAACUCGGAGGCCCGUACUACUAUUCGCGACUAUGAAUUCUAUGUCUCUACUAAUGCUCGAAAGUUAAAGUUUAACAUCCUGUUAACAACUUAUGAGUAUAUCCUAAAAGAUCGCCAAGAGCUCAACAAUAUUCGUUGGCAAUAUUUGGCUGUCGAUGAAGCACAUCGUUUGAAAAACAGUGAGUCUUCUUUGUAUGAAGCUCUUUCGCAGUUCAGGACUGCUAAUCGUUUACUAAUUACGGGUACUCCUUUGCAGAACAAUCUGAAAGAACUUGCGUCUUUGGUAAACUUUCUUAUGCCCGGCCGUUUCUACAUCCGUGACGAAUUGAAUUUCGAACAGCCAAAUGAAGAACAAGAGCGCAACAUCCGCGAUCUUCAGCAACGGUUACAUCCUUUCAUUCUCCGACGUCUGAAGCGUGAUGUUGAAAAGUCUUUACCUUCUAAAACGGAACGCAUUCUUCGUGUGGAACUUUCUGAUUUACAAACACAACUCUACAAAAACAUUUUAACCAGAAACUAUCGUGCCCUUUCUGGAGCUGCUGCUGGAAACGCGCAUGUGUCACUUCUAAACAUUGUGGUAGAGCUCAAAAAGGCGUCUAAUCAUCCUUAUUUGUUUCCUGGCGUUCAGGAAAAGUGGAUGAUUGGCAGAAAAAAUACCAGAGAAGACAAACUACGUGGAAUUGUGAUGAACAGCGGAAAAAUGGUUUUGCUUGAUAAGCUACUGCAGCGACUCAAGCAAGACGGGCACCGUGUUCUUAUUUUCACUCAAAUGGUCAAGGUCCUUAACAUUCUUGCAGAGUACAUGAACUUACGUGGUUAUAACUUUCAAAGACUUGACGGAACAAUUCCCGCUCCAGUGCGUCGGCUGGCAAUCGAUCACUUUAAUUCUCCUGAUAGUCCUGAUUUUGUCUUUUUAUUAAGUACCCGUGCCGGUGGUUUGGGUAUCAACUUGAGUACUGCAGACACUGUCAUUAUUUUCGAUUCCGAUUGGAAUCCUCAGGCGGACCUUCAAGCAAUGGCUCGGGCUCACAGAAUUGGUCAAAAGAACCACGUGAGUGUUUAUCGGUUUCUUUCUAAAGACACUGUUGAAGAGGACAUUUUGGAAAGAGCGCGUCGUAAAAUGAUUUUGGAAUAUGCUAUUAUUUCUUUGGGUGUUACUGAGAAAUCCAAGAACUCAAAAAGCGACAAAAUUACUUCUCAGGAAUUAAAUGCUAUCUUGAAAUUUGGUGCUUCUAAUAUGUUCAAAGCUAAUGAUAAUCAACAAAAACUGGAGAAUAUGAAUUUGGACGACAUCUUGAAGCAUGCUGAAGAUCACGACUCAUCUAAUGAUGUCGGUGGUACUAACUUGGGUGGAGAAGAGUUCCUUAAACAGUUCGAGGUUACAGAUUACAAGGCUGAUGACUUGUCCUGGACUGACAUUAUUCCUGAAGAAGAGCGCUCUAAAAUUGAAGAAGAAGAAAAACGGAUUGCCGCUGAGCGUGCAGCUGAAGAAGAGCGUGAAAGAAAGCGUCAAGAAGAAGAAGAGGAACUUAAACCUCGACGCACUACUAAAUCAAUUACUAAACGGCAACAACGUCGUGAAGCAAUGAUUAAUGAAAAGGAAAUUCGUCAACUUUACCGGGCAAUGAUCAAGUUCGGUCUUGUUGAUGAACGUUACGAGGAUGUCGUCAACGAAGCCGAAAUUGCUCAUGCGGAUCCUAAAAAGGUAAAGAAAGUUGCAGCUGAAAUGGUAGAAGCUUGUGAAAAGGCAGUCGAACGCUACGAACUUGAUGAGGGAAGAACUAAGCAACCACGAAAAGCCAUUCUCAUUGAGUUUAAGGGCGUAAAAAAUAUUAAUGCCGAAACUAUAACUCAACGUGUUAAAGACUUAACUUGCCUUCAUCGUGCUCUCAAAGGAUUGGAUCCUGUAAAACAAAGAAUUGGCUACCCCAUCCGAAGUGUGCAUAGCUGGUCUUGCAACUGGGGUAUAAAAGAGGACUCGAUGCUGUUAGUUGGUAUCGACCGACAUGGGUUUGGUGCUUGGCACACUAUUCGUGAUGACCCGGAACUAGAGCUUGGAGACAAAAUGUUUCUUGACGAAAAUAGACUGAACCGAGAUUUUAGGAAUGUUCCCACUGCAGUACAUCUUGUUCGGCGAGGAGAAUAUCUGUUAAGUGUUAUUCGCGAACACCCUGAAGCUUUUCGUGUAAAAACAGAGGGUGUUACUCCAAAACGUAAAUAUACAAGGCGUAAGAAUAUUACUACUCGUCGUUCAUCUCGUCAAUCAACUCUUGAAGAUUCAAUACCCCCUCGUUAUAACUACAGAAUGACUCGUGAGCGUCGACGUAUGCAAGAUGAAACUGUCGAUGACGACGAAACCUCUGCGGACGAUGAGACAACACUCGAAGACCAAGGAGAGGCGGUUGAGAAGUUGCUGAAUAACGAAGACGCGUCACUUCCCGAUAAAUUGGCACCCGGUGAAGAGAAUCAAAAAGAGAAGAAGCCACAUACCAGACGUGGUAGAAAACCUCGUAAGCAACGUCAAAGUGCAACAUCUGCCAUAGAUGCCUUGACUGCUGCUGCCGCUUUGGAUUCGGCGUUAAUUGAGAAUUCACAAAAAAAUGCUACUGCAGCUGGAUCAUCUGAGGAGGGUCAAUCGGAAGGGAACCUUAUUCCCGUAAAAACAGAGGUACAGAAUGAAGCUGAACCCGUAGUUUCUGAGGAAAAGCCUGUUGAAGCACCGCCUUCGGCAGACAGUUCUAUAACUGCUGACGCUUCCACCGCAACCGAAUCUCAGUCCACUGUAGACGUUGCAAAGGAUAAUGAUGUGCAGGCUUAAUGUGCUUGCUAACAUUUAUUCCUUCGUUUCGGACUGCUGCUUUCAUCCGCUUAAGGAGGAUAAUGGCAAUAUAUCGUUCAAAUUAUAUGAUAGAUGAUUUAUUAUUACCUUAACCGAAUGCUACAUUUGUACAAUAUUGAAUAAGAAGACAAUCGUUUGUCUUGAAACUAGAAAACAAAUUUCCUAUUCUUUCGUCGGGGGCCGGUGAAAAACACGAAUUGAUAAACAAGUACUGAUUUGUUAAUGAAAUGCAAUAACAUCAACUGAUAUAUGUAUCUAGUUUACGUACAAGUGAGGCAUCUUUACGCAUAGAUAGUUGUUUCUUUAUGAACUUAAUAAUUACUUCAAAUUUCUGGUUUCCACUA